GAGAACUUGCUUUUAUUUUUUAUUUGUAUGCUGCUACAAAUUUUUUCAUAACUGUUCUGUGCGGAUAUUCUAUGCAUUUUUUGUCUGCAUCAUGGGAGAAGAUCAAUUGUUGUCGACACUUUUUAAUAUUCCCAUCAAUUGUUCGCAGUCAUUGGCAUUAUUCUUACUUGAGGGCUAGACGUAAACUGUAAGCGUAAGACUAAGAGUUACGGAAAACAAUAGGAGUUCGCGCUCGUACUAGACACAUCAGCAAGCACUAGAAGAAGGUCCCUGAGUGAGUCACGAUAUAAAUACUAUUAACUUUAUUUAGCGCCAGCACUACAAGAACAAGAUGAGCAGCUCCUCCAACCCGAAAGGCAAUGCCGGAAAUAAGAAGGAGGACAGCGUGAAGAAGGAAUAUCAGGACGCCAUCAAACGCAACGAGAAGCUGACUGCGGUGAUUGCCAGCCACGUACUAUUUCAUGUUCUAACCACGUGAUUUCUUAUUCUUCAUUUUCACGGACUUCGACUGUUAUCAAGAUUCAUCUUCAUAUACAACUAUAAUUACUGCUGAUGUAUGCACUAGCAAAGACUUCAACUCUUACUUCUUUACCUCAUCAGUCUUUUCAUCAUCCUCAGCAUCUUCAUCCUAUUCACAGGUAAAAACGCAGAACAAACAUGUAGACAAAGCAAUCGCGGCGUCGCUUUCUGGUACUACAUAAUUUUUAUAGAGAAGUAGUAGCUAAUUCGGUGGUAGAUAAGUUGAUAGUAUUGUUGUUGUCUGUCUAGGCAUCGUUGACAAUGAACUUUUCUCCUACAAUAAAACGAGUUUUAAUUCAUUCGAAUACUCAACUUCAAGCUCGCAAAAAGAGACUACUGCUUUGUUUUUACCUCAUGACAGCUGAUCGCGCUGCAUCAAACCUCCAAAACAUUCGCUUCGCUGAGCGUAAGGCAGCUUCUGACAAGCGCGACGCCUCUUUGAAGGAGGAGGAUGACGAGGAAGAAGAUGAUGUGGCAAUCCAAAGCCUGCUGAUGGAAGAAAUCAAGAUGGAGGAAGAGAUUAAGAAAAAACAGAAAAAAGAAGAAGAAGAGAAGGAGAUGGAGAAGAAAAACCAAGCGGCGAUGAUCAAAGCGAUGGAGGAGGAAGUAGAAGAAGAAGAUCAAGAUAAAAACAAGGUGGUGGACCAUGCUGAAGACGAAGUGAAAAUGACCAUCAAGGUGACCAGAAAGCGCAAAACGACCAUGGAGGAGGACCCAGCUAAGCGUGUCAAGAAAGAGGAAAGUGAUGAAGGCAAACAGCAGAAGGAUGACUCAUUGUUUCCACCAUCUUCCCCAUCGUGCUAAUUUAGUCAAUCUUCUGCAUCUAUAGUUUAUUCUAAAAAUAAAUCUAAAUCUGUCACGAACUUUCCAACACAAGUAGUAUCAUGUUUUCUAGCCCAUUUAUGAGCGAUAAGAACUACUCCGAGAGACAGUUUUAGAUUCUUUAUUAGAAAGCUUAGAUGUUGAAAGUGGGACACUGUUGUUGGAGGUUGAACAAUCUUCAUAGAAAUUUGUUGAGGUGAUCUUUUUUGUUGUUUUAAUCGAACAGUAAAGCCGAAUCUUUCUCUUCAAAUUUAUGCGAGUAACGAAGAUCCUAAUAUGAGCGUUGUUAGUAUGAUAGUUAGAGCCUUACUUUGAUGUGCUUUCAGAGAGAAUACGCAGGAGAAUUCACGACUACAAAUGGGUCAAGAAUAGUUUCUAAUCUUCAUUUUCUGUUCUUUUUAAUAAAAUUUCAUGGUGAUUCAUAAUUUAUUCAAGAAUAUUUGAAUUACGUAGUUGUUACUGAUCGUGUGUUUUUACGGGAGCGUCGUGCCCGGUUAUUAAGUGCUGUACACUCUGUUCACUGAUAAAUUUAUCUUGUUUCUUAUUUUCAUGAUAAUGAUAAACGUUCGUUUUGUUCUUGAUUUAAAGUUCUCCUACUCAAUGAUCUUCAAAUCAAUCAUGAUGCUCGUCAACACCCAAAGUCACAGCUUGGUGAUAGGUUUCUAAGUUGCUUUUGAUAUUCAGUACGCUUCUCAGUACAUUCAAAGUAAUCGUAGAGCUUGCACAAGCACAACACCAGCACACCUCAAGCCUGUUCUUGAUUGUGCCCGCCCUGCCCCAUGCCCUCAGAACACAUCCGCUGGGAAGGAACUAAUAUGUUAAUCAUAUUGUUUCUUUUCACUGAUGAAAGACGAUACGACAAGAAUCUGCACUAGGAUGGUGCCAUCUAUGCUUCGAUGCGUGACGUGAGCCAGAGGGCGGCUGCCUGAUUUACCGUCGGC